AUGCGUCUCCUCCCUGCCGUCUCUCUGUUCGUCGGUAUCACCAGCGUCGCCGCCGCCCCGGCAAGGUGCAACAAGCCGCCAAAGGCGUCGACAACUGCUGCAGGCAGCAGUGUGAUCACCAGCGUUGUUCCCCUCGGCACCGCAGUCCCCAGCGGACCGCAGAGCACCGUUACCAUUCCGAUUGGUGUUGUUCCCAGCAGCGCCAGGCCCAGUGCCUCGACCGCCGCCAUCCCGAGCCUCUCCGCUGCCGGCAGCGGGAGCUCUCUCGAGGUCAACAUCGCCCUCGCAACGUCCAAUAUCCCCUCCUCGUCGGUCGCGGCACCCAACGCUUCCGCCUCCGCCAACGUUGACACCACGCCUGGCUCCGUAAAGGUAUCCGGCACCGGUCCGCUCUUCGACACUGCCCAAUCCAUCGUCGAGCGCAGCAAGGCAUUGGCCAACAUGUCCGAGGCCGACAUCUUUGCGGCCAUCGGACAGCCAACUCUGGCUGGCGACGCCCAAUACCACCCGCUCCUCCGUGAGGCGCUGGCCAACACAACCCGCCUGAGCGUAAUGCACGCCCAGCAAGUCCGCGACAUCAUCUCGUGGAAGGUGCCCAUCUCGGCCACCCCCGCCUCGGACGCGUCAAGGUAUAUUGGUGGCGAGGUCAUCUUCCUCCUCUCCAUGAUUCAGGACUUUUCCGAGACCGUGAUCACCCACGAGCUCGCCCACGCUGUCUUUGAUCACCAGGGAUUCCUCAAUUCCACCGAAGAGGCUGUCAAGGUUGCCAAUCUUGAUGAAUCUUACGGCGAUGUCGGAAGCAUGAUCAACGAGGGCUUUGCCACUAUCUGGGCCAACCACGCUUUGGUGUACAUGGACCCCUCGAAUGUGGACCGGUACGACGCGGCCGAGUGGGAGAAGCGUACCCAGAAGACUACGGCCGAGGCGCUCGACUGGAUCCUUGAUGGCGAUGACGGGACCGCAAAGGCUUGGCAGGAGAGCCUCGCUGUUAGUAAGGUUACUGUGGACAAGAAGGGGCAGAUCAUCGCUGUUGCCGAUGGCGUCAUCUUCCCCAAGCUUGGGGAGCUGUACUCGCUCGACCAGGCUCGUGGUGUCUAA